ACCGGCAUAGGUUGCUCUCGAUAGAUAGUAUCAUUGCUAUGCGAUAUUAUCUCUGGCCUGUGCCGCACGCGCGAUGGCCGUGGUUGUGACGCCUAGAGAGCAGAAUGUUCAUUCGUCUUGCAUAUGAUUCUGAUGUACUCCUGUAGGAUGAUAUGACCAGAACGGAAGAGUUGACAACGAAGAUCAGAACCCUUUCUUAUGAUCACGAACGACUCUUGUCUAUGUACCGCGACACUACAGAGCGCGCUGCAAACGCUGAACGGGAAAUGAACCUUCACAAGUCUCGUCUCGCAUCUGUCACCCGCACACUCCUAUCCACCGAAUCCGCGCACAAACACACAACAAGCGAACUGCAGCGAACGCGUACCUCCAUGCAAGCUCUUCGCACUGCACACCAAGCCGAGGUCAAACGGAUCGAGAAGGAGAAGGAUCGCAUGACUGAGCGAUGGAGCAAGAUUGCAGACACGCAGGUCAAGCUUGGCAAUACCGCCGCGGGCCUGCGCUGCGCGAACGCGGACGUUGUCGACGCGCCCGACCUCCAGCUGCGCGGGAAGGGCCAGGGCUUCCUCGAGGUCGCCCUCGAGCAGGCGGAAACUGCGCGCAAAGACCUGUUCGACCAGAACCGGAGGCUGAGAGGGCUGAUACUUUCUACCGCCAACGAUAUGCAGCGGCUCGUCUAUGACGCGCACGUAGCGGAGUCGCCUGAGGAUUGCCCGGAGCCCGUCCCUCUCACCCUCUCCGCACUCUUCCCAAUGUCUCCCACAGAGGCGGCCGGCGAUAAGCUGUCUGCUCUCAUGAGCUCCAUCCGGCAGUCCAUCGCACGCCUGUCGAAGUCGUCCAGUGAACCCAGACCAGAAACUUCCUUGCAGAGGAAGAGUACAGGAUCAUCCUCCGGCGGCCAGAAAGCUCUUGAGAGCGCGGAAGUCGACCGCCUGCAAGCUGUCAUUGACAAAUUACGUGCCGAACUCGAUGAAGCGCAGAAGCAGGCUGCAACUUACGCAGCCCAGACGCAGGCGUUGUUUGAUCGCUUUGCUGAUGACGAGCGGCUGUUGCAGGGGGAAGCUGGUGAGAUGAGCGUAGACCUAAUGACGGCCCCUGCGCGCGAUGAGGAACGUCAACGCUUGGAUGCGCGGUUCAAGGAGCUUGACGGGGAACGGAAGAAGUUCACGGAGGCCGCCGUUCGGCUCGGCCGCGAGAAGGCGGCAUUGGAGGCGGAACGUAUCAAGUUCUUAGAAGAGAAACGGUCGUGGCAAGUGGAAAUGAUGCUUGCCGAGCUGCCGCCCACUCCUGCGCCAACAUCGACGAUCACUGUAGCCACUGCUCCCAUACCCACCGAAGAGAGUCGUCCACAAUCUCCGCCGCCCAGGUCGCCACGGAGGUCACCUGCGAAGAGGAAAGCCGCGGGCGUGGCUGCAGGCCGAGCUGGGAGCGGCAAGAAGAUCCGCGUGUCCCGUCGCUCGUCUGGGCUGGGGUUGUCGCCAAAGAAAGUCGUCCCGCCUUUCGAGACAGAAGUCAUACCUUCAUCGCUGCAGAUGCCCGAUUUCAAGUCUAGCAUCGUCCUGCCCCCGUCGCAACCGCCCAUAGCCGCGCCCGUCUUCGUGCUUCCUCCUCCGUCACCCGCAGCAUCCCUGAAGAGACCUGGGCCGACUGCAUUCAAACCUCCUCCGGGGGAUGCGCAUGAUGCACAGCCUCCGCUCCUGCCGCCCCCGGCAUUCGUACUCACCUCCACCUCCGAUAGUGCCCUAAAUGUACCAGCGCCCGAGGUACCGACAUCAAUCCCAAUGUCCAAGAGUGCACCCGCACUUACACAGGACGCUCCUCCAGAAGCUGGGCCUAGCACACCUGGUGUUCGCAGACCCUUCCCUAUGGCAAAGCCUCUCGCCGCAACGCGCAUGAUGCACGCAUACUCGCCCGCCAAGCCCAGCCCGCUCAGCAGGAUUCUCAUGCUAGCCAACUCGCCCGACAGCCCGGACAUCGAACGUCCACAUCUAGGCUCCCUGGAAGAAGCGAUGGAAGAAGACCCAGACGACUCACCCACACCUGCUGCUCCUGUAGCGCCGCCCGUCCUGGCGCCCACGAAGAGUCUCGCUGAGGAGCUAGGCAUCUCGGAAGAAGACGACAGUCCGCCGCUCAGGGAGAAGAGGGCUCAACCGAAUCUCGCGAAGCGCAGCGCCGGGGCAGUGCCCGCGGCUGCCGCUCCCAGGUUCACCGCGAAGGAGAAGGGAAAGGCCAAGGCAGAACCAACGGUGUCCACGCGCACGCGGCCGGCGGUCGCACUCGAGAAGGAGAACGUCAAACGGGCGAAGCUGUCAAACGGCUCCGGUUCUGGCGGUUCGGCCUCAUCGAUAAGCAAGAGCACGGCACCGACAAAGGUGGCGACAAAGCUCUUUGCGAAGCCGAAGGUCACAGGCAAGUUGCCUCCUGGAAAAGGCGGCGCGAGGCGUGUUCCCAUCGGCAGCGCUGAGGCCGCACCGGUGGGGCGUAUGUGGAAAGGCUGAACACCAAUUACUCUUGAGCUGCGAAACCUAUGAUUCCUCAUUCUCAUGUAGAUCACGGACUGUUCCCACCCAAGUACUGGAUACCCUGUAUCGACCUAUGUACCGCAUGCAUUCCGUAUCGUUGUAUAGCAAGUAUGGAGUCUAUGUUCUGACGAUGUAC